AUUAACAUUACACAAGACUUUGAAGGUAAUAAAUUGGAUAUGACUAAGAAGGUUCAAGAAAUUUUUCAAAGAGACAGACCUUCAGAUAAUAACAUUCAUAUAUUGGUGCAACUGCUUCCGCCCACCACCGCUGGAAAACAACCACUGGAAGAUUCGGACGAAUGUCAAAUUAGUAAAAGAGCGAAACUAGCAGAUCCGAACAUAAUUUCUACUGCCCAUACAUUCAAGGAGAAGAUAAUGAAACUUUCUGAUGAACUUGAAUAUUAUUCGAAUCCAAAAAAUCUUUUUCCAUUGCCGUUUCUAUACCUUGGCCGAAAAAAGCCAAUAGAAAGAUUUACUAUUGACAAUAAUGGAUAUUUCAACUUCAUGGGAAGAAAGGAAUUCAGGAAC